UUCACGCCAUCUUGAAAUUAUACCCGCAGUUUGUCAAAAUUCUCUCUCAGAUUCCCCCGAACUCUUCCUCUCUUUGUUGCUGCUGUGUGCGGUAUGAACAGUUCACGAAACAAACCGUCACAGGCAGUCAGCAAGAGGCAGACGGAGUCAGACAGCGGCCUGGAGACCAGUCACAGGGACAGAAAGACCGCUGCAGGAAUGCUGAGGAAGCUGAAGUCGAGGCGCAGCAAUACGGAUAAGUGGCCUGUGGUCACAGAAGAUGAACUCCGGGCUUUAGGGAAAGAUAUUUCCCCGGACCAAGUCCUGGGGCUGCGGGAUGUCACGGAAGACUAUCUUUGCAGACCUGAGGACAACAUCUACAACGUUGACUUCACACGCUUCAAAAUCAGAGACCUUGAGACCGGGACAGUGCUUUUUGAGAUCGCCAAACCUCCAAACAGCGGUCAUGUGGAGAAAGAGGAGGAGAGUGGAGGUGUCGACACCAGCGCGGGCCGUUUUGUCAGGUAUCAGUUCACACCAGCCUUCCUAAAGCUGCGCACCGUUGGUGCAACCGUUGAGUUCACGGUCGGUGACCAGCCCAUUAACAGCUUCCGUAUGAUCGAGCGGCAUUACUUCCAGGGACGCCUCCUCAAAAACUUUGACUUUGACUUUGGCUUUUGCAUACCUAACAGCCGCAACACGUGCGAACACAUUUAUGAGUUUCCACAGCUUCCAGAUGACCUCAUUCGUCAAAUGGUGGAGCACCCCUAUGAGACCAGAUCAGAUAGUUUCUACUUUGUGGACAACAAACUAAUCAUGCACAACAAAGCAGACUACGCCUACAAUGGUGGGCUGUAAUAUGUGAAGGGAGAAUUGGAUCCAUUACCUUCCAGUGGUUAGAUUUCCUGGAUGACACUUUCAUAGAAGAAAAAAACAACUUUAUUUUGG